AAAGGAAAUAUUUGCUCUUUGCCGUCCUCGCCGCCAGUCCUGCCAUUCCUGUGUUUUCAUAGGACUUUCCGGUCUUUAUCGGAUUGGGCAUGUGCUCGUGACCAGGCCGCAAAAGCCCUUAUCUUCUUGGCCUUCCAACAUCAUCUGUCAAGGAGUAUUUGCUUUGCCGCUCUCGUCGCCAGUCCUGCCAUUCCUGUGGCUUCAUAGGACUCUCCGACCUCACUUGUUGAUUUCGGUUUGGGCACGUACUCGUGGCCAGGCCGCAAAGCUCUUACCACUUUACUCGCAUCUUAUUAUCAUCAUUCAUCUGACAUUUUACAUGAGUCAGGGCUGCUCAACUCUUUGCCAAAGCCCGGGUGGGAGGGCUACUCGAUUCAUCGGGGGUUCUUUCUAAUCUAGUGAAUAUUGAAUACAAUGGCCACCUCACAAAACCCGUCCUGGGUCUUGAAGAAGGCAGUUCUCGUUUAUACACCCGAUUUCGAUGUUUCCUGUUUUGCUCGUCUUCGUAUUGCCCAUGAUAAAACUGCCAACCAAGGAUCCAUAUCUCUUUGGAUUACGGCAGAUCUCGCUAACUUGACCGGCAGAUCACAGGUGCUGACGUUGAAUAUCCCUCCAGAAAGAAUCGAAAAAUGUGCAUUAGCCCGGAUAAGCAACGACAGCCUCUGUUCGCCUAAUUUAGUUUCCAUCCUCCGGGCGCCUGUCGCCAAUGUUUCGGCCGUGUCAACACUUAGUCUGAGACUCAAUACGACCGGCAUCGUUCUUUGUCCAUCUGAGCUGAAGUCUCUAUGCCCAGCCAAUCCAGGGGACUCGAAUUUCCACGCAUUUGCAAAGAUCUGCCAGUCCGAAUUUCUACGCCUUCACUUCUCCAGACGACAAUUUGUGAAUAACGAACUUGAUCAGCUGGAAAUUUUCUCCCGUUCCCUGCGAGAAAGAAGUCUUCAGACAGAGUCUUUUGACCAUGCUCGCCAUGGCGUGGUCCAGAGAGAUUGGCGUGCCUUCAGUCUGUCGCUCGAUCCACCACCAUAUUGUGAGGAGCCCGUCCGGCAGGUGAAGCAGGUGGAUCCACCCUUAUAUAAUGAGUCCGUGUCCGGGCAAGUGGUUGGAAAACGGCGCAGAGACCCAUGGUCGUCCCCUGACGAUGAAAAUCGAAAAAGACUGCUCCUUCCAUCCCCUCAACCGAUAGACUCUCCCACCGAAGUGAAUACGCCGACUACUCUCUCCCCGUCACCGUCCAUCCGCCCAACUUGUUUUACGCGUGCUUCCUCGCCUGGCCGCACAGAACGUCACAAACUUAUGCGUCUUGAACAUGAACUCCGUGGUCUUUCCGACGAUCUGAUUUGCGAACUAUUGAUUCGAUCAGGACGCCAACAUCUGCUAGUCAUUCCGAAGAUUGUAGACAAUGAGCUGCCAUCCGAGUCUGAGAAAGUCAGUUUUGCUGAGGUCGGGAUGAUUGAGCGCCGCCUCAAACGAUAUGUCGAUGAGACGAUCGAGCGCCGCCUCAAAUCACAUGUUGUCGACGAGAUUGUCGAUGGCGCUGUGAGCGAGUAUCGCGAUCAGAUUUUCGACGAAUGCAAAACGCACGAAUGCGAAUUUCGUGAACAAGUCGACGAUUGUAACUCCGAGGUACGCAUUACGGCCAAUGAAUGUAUGAGUGAAAUGAAAGAACAGGCGCAAAAGCACAUGCGUGAAAUCGAAGAGCAAGCGCAACAAUACAUGAAUGAUAUCGAGGAUCAGGGGAACGCGGUUGAGCUGUCUACGAAGGAAAAGGUCGCAAAGCUCAAGCAGACCUCACUCGGCCCUAGCCACGAGGGUACUAAUGCCAGAUGCAGUUCCAUUUAACUGGUACUAGGCUUAUAUCUUAGGAUUGUCUUACCUAGAUUCUUUAUUAGGCCUCUAACGAUGCUAACGUAUUCCCACGGAAAAGUCCAGAGGACAGCCUUUUCUUCGGAAGGUGGUGUCAAGCCGAUGUUGGCAUGUGCGGACUGUUCUUAAUAGUAACCAAUAGAAAG